CACUACAAUAGAGGCCUUUGCUUUCAUUGAGCUGGAUGGAAUUAACCUGCGACUGGGAGACAGGAUCCAUUGCAGUUGCACUAGUUUUUUUCUGGAGUCUCCCGAUAUGCAAAGCCUUCCUGUGGAGAGUGAAGAGUUUUACGCAGGCAUCCAAAUGAAACCACAAGCUGUCUCUAUUUCAGAAGAUGGGAGAGAGUAUGAACUGAUAGUGGAGAGCACAGUACCUUUACCAUGUUCCUCACAGAGAUGCACUUUGCUUUUGCAUCUUACUUCUAGUAAUCAAGUGGCAGAUGAGAAGGGCCUUGGCGUUGAUUUAGUCCUGUCCUCCUGUGAGGUGGAGCUGUCUCAAACCCCAUGUCAUAAGGGAGUCUGCAGUCAGGCAUCUGUGCACUACAGUGCAGUUACUGAUAUAUGGAAUGAUGGAGACCGAAGCACAGAAAUACACAUCAAACCCAUAAUCAGCACCAACUUCCUGUGGAACGGCUACACGCCUCAAAGUGUGCAGAUUCUAGUAAAGGACGUUCCAUCUGCUCACUGUUACACUUUUACGGACCCCCACAUCAUCACAUUUGAUGGCAGGAGGUAUGAUAAUUACCAGAUAGGCACCUUUGUGCUGUACAGGAGCACUGCUCGGCCGUUUGAGGUGCAUGUGAGACAGUGGGAAUGUGCCGGCAUGACCGCCCAUCACACCUCAUGUGUCUGUGGCUUUGCGGCCAGGGAUGGUGGUAAUGUUGUCACUUAUGACAUGUGUAACGGACUGGUGGGAGAGACAAAGCCACGCCUCUCUGUGAAGAACGGAGACCUGCUAAAGAGUGGAAUCCGUGUCAAUGAGUCCUACCAAGGCCGCAAAGUCACUAUUACAUUCUUGUCGGGGGCAUUUGUGCGUGUGGAUGUGGCUGACUGGGGAAUGAGUCUGACUGUAAGGGCCCCAGGCUCUGAUCAAGGCCACACUGAAGGCCUGUGUGGAACUUUUGAUGGAAAGCCAAUGAAUGACUACCACAAAGAGGGAGGACAGUCUGUGGAGGACAGCACUUCUUUUAUAAAUGCAUGGAG